AUGCCUGUGACGGAAUACGCGGAUAUUUUACGGGAACAGGAGGAGCUCGGACGUUGGAUCCAACGGUUUUGGACCAACCUUUGUAAAUUGGGCAGGGAAAAAAUUACGCGGGCAGUCUUAGAACAGCGUAGAGGUCUCCUUGAGCGAUAUUGGGAUGCGUUUUUAAAUGGUCACCGUCAACUGUUGCGAUUCAAGGAAGCCCAGGACAGUGCUUACGUGGACCAAGACCGCUUUUCUACGAUCGAAGAAGCUUAUCUUCAGGUCGCGGCUCAGAUGGCUCAGUACCAAGAGGACCUCGCGCAGGCGGGCCCCUCGCGUGGAGUGCAACCCCCUCCAGAACCACCGGGAAAGCCUCAAUUGCCAAAAAUACAAUUACCCACUUUCUCAGGAGACCCCUUAAAAUGGGAGAGUUUUCGAGAUCUUUUUAAGAGUCUCGUUCACAGCGUUCCCAACCUUCAGGAUGUACGGAAAUUGCUGUACCUUAAGUCGGCCUUAACCGGAGAAGCAGCGGAGGUCAUCCAAAAUACGCCAAUCACCGAUGCUGGAUACCAAGGAGCCUGGGAGGACCUGGAGCAGCGGUACGGGAACUUGCAUCUUCUGUCUUUCGCGCACCACAGGGCCCUUCUUUCCUGCCCUCCCGCGCAACAACAGUCUGCCGCGGAAUUGAAAAGGCUGUUAGAUACAUUCAAACAGUCGAUUAGAGCGUACACUGCGCUGAAAAAACCGGUAGCUCAGUGGGAUGAGUGGUUUGUUUAUUUCUUAAGCCAAAAAUUGGACAAAACCACGCACCUGGUCUGGGAGACCUCUCUAGCUGAUAGCCGCGACGUACCGUCGUUCCGGCAGCUUUCUCUCUUUCUGGAAAAUCGCAUCCAAGCGUUGGAUGCUGCUCAGGAGGCCGACCCAGUGUUGCAUCCCGCGACAUCCAAAGGUGCUCCGGCUAAAACAAAAAGGGAGGCGCCUGUAAAACGCACUAAUGUAGCAGUCUUGGCUGCUUCGGCAAAGAGUCCCGCCCCUCGUAAGUGCCCCUCGUGUGCUGGAAAUCAUAACUUUGCUUAUUGUUCAAAGCUAAAGGCGCUUCCACCUCGGCGCCGGAAGGAGCGAGCCCAGCAACUACAGGCGUGCUUUAAUUGCUUGACCGUUGGCCACGACUUAACCAAGUGCCCGUCAAGCCAAGUCUGCUUAACUUGUGGCCACAAGCACCAUACGCUGCUCCAUGAUGCGAUGCCGAGUCCCACGAAGAAUAUGCCCGCGAACGUCGGAGACGUUUCGACAUCGCAAACUUCAACGGCCUCCACCGAAACAGAAGAGAAGGGCGUGGCCGCUUCCUUUGCCUGUUCAGCUACCACUCGACCCGCCGCACUAUUAGCGACGGCCAAGGUGAAGGUGGAGGCAUCAGGAGAACUUCUCGAGGUCAGAGCCUUGUUGGACACCGGUUCGGACACGUCGCUUGUAUCUGCUUGGGUAGCUCAAGCACUCCGUUUGCCACGGCGGGCGGUCAGCGUCGCCAUCUCAGGAGUUGAAGAGAAUGAAAGCUGA